AUGGAGAAGAUCAGUGGUCCUAAUAGAUAUCUUGCACUCUACUUCGCCUCUGCAAUUGCAAGUUCAGCGAUGAGUUAUUGGUUCAGUGAGGCACCUGCAGUUGGUGCAUCAGGGGCAGUCUUUGGAUUAGUUGGAUCUCUUGCUGUCUUCGUCAUGAGGCAUAGAGGUCUGGUUGGACGUGGCAAAGAAGAUCUACAGCACAUAGCACAUCUCCCCUUCCAAUUUAUGUUGGCUGGAUAA